AUGAUCGCGGUUCGCCUCCUCCUCAUCGUUCUUUUUGUUGACACCCUUACCUUCUCCAUAACCGACAACGAGGCUCUGCUAAAACUCAAAGAUUCUUUUGAAUUAAAUGGUGUCUUAAAUUCCUGGGUUCCAGGCACCAAUGCUUGUAAGAAUAAGUGGGUUGGUGUCAUUUGUUCCAAUGGAGCAAUUUCAGGCCUUAAUCUUCCAAAUAUGGCUCUCGCUGGAACUAUUGAUAUUGAUGCCUUGAAAGAGAUUUCCGGCCUUAGAACCAUUGGUUUUCAGAACAAUUCUUUUUCUGGUAGCAUCCCGGAAUUCAAUAAACUUGGUGCGUUGGAGGCUCUUUACCUGUCCGGGAAUCAGUUUUCGGGUGAAAUUUCCAAUGAAUAUUUUUCCCGGAUGACAUCUUUGAAAAAACUUUGGCUUGAUAAUAACAAAUUUUCUGGAAAAAUACCCACUUCCGUGAUGAAUCUACCUAAUCUCCGAGAACUCCAUCUUGAAGGCAACAAAUUCUCAGGUCCAAUUCCAGCACCCAAAAAAACCACAGCAAUAACUUCUCUGGACCUCUCAUACAACAAACUGGAAGGAGAAAUUCCGGAAAGCUUUUCAAAAUUCACCGCUGCUUCAUUUCGAGUAAAUGCUAAACUUUGUGGAAAACCGCUAAAUGAUAACUGCAUUUCGACUCACGGGCAUGGACCGCCACCCGGCCACUUGGUGGUGGCCGCCGUAAUGCUAGCGUUUCUGAUAUUUUUCAUAGUGAUGUUUGUGUUCUAUUCCAAAUAUAAUAAACACGAUGAUUUUCACAUGUUGGGAAAGGAAGACCUGAACGAUGCAAUGGAACCUAGUAGCAAAAGCAGCAUGGGAAAGCUUAAGGGGAAAUCAAUGGAUACUGAGAUGGUAAUGGUAAAUGAUGAGAAAGGUGUUUUCAGGUCAUCGGAUUUGAUGAGGGCGGCUGCUGAGGUGCUGGGGAAUAGUAAUUUGGGAUCUUCUUAUAAGGCUGAAGUGAUUAAUGGAUUGACUGUUGUGGUGAAGAGGAUAGGAUGUAUGAAUAGAAUUGAAUCAAGGGAUGAUUUUCAUGCUGAAAUGGAAAGAAUGGCGACAUUAAAACACCCUAAUAUAUUGACUCCUUUGGCCUACCAAUACAGCGGUAAAGACAAGCUCAUUAUAUCUGAAUACAUUCCUGAAGGAAGCUUGUUAAGCAGCCUCCAUGGUGAUCGUGGGAGUAGCCAUGCCAAGCUAAAUUGGCCUACCCGUCUGAAGAUAAUCAAAGGAAUUGCAAAUGGAAUGGGUUUCGUUCAUUCAGAGUUUUCAUCAUAUCAACUCCCCCAUGGAAAUCUCAAGUCCAGUAAUGUUCUUUUAAAAGAAAAUUAUCAGCCAUUACUGACAGACUAUGCCUUUCAUCCGCUAAUCAAUCCAGAUAUUUCAACACGAUCAUUGUUUGCUUACAAAACCCCGGAGUAUAUCGAAAAGCAGCAAGUUUGCCCCAAGUCUGACGUUUUCUGUUUGGGAAUUGUCAUUCUUGAAAUUCUGACAGGAAAAUACCCAAGUCUAUAUCAGAACAAUGGGGAAACAGAUGUCUUGGAAUGGGUCCGUUCGGCUAUAUCUCAGGGGAGAGAACAAGACUUCCUCGAUCCAGAUUUAGCAACCGAUGCAAGUGCAUCAUCGCUUGGUAUGAUGGUGCGGCUCCUCCAGAUUGGAGCUGCUUGCACUGAUGGUAAACCUGAGCAUCGACCGGAGAUGGGUGAAGUCAUAAGGAAGAUAGAAGAAAUACAAGUUUGA